AUUGGGUUGUUGCCAUGGGGUUGAGAACCGGAGCAAGUGGAACAGGAGUACCCGCUUGGCAGAACUAGCAUUUUGGGGUGUUUAGGCAGGGUAUCGGUCGUACUUUAUGAAUAUAUGAGGGGUUAUCGGGCAUUCUGUAUUAGCCCGAUCAUUUCGCUGGUGGGAUUAUAUAGGCUAGACUUCCGGUUCUUUGCCUGCGUGUUCAUUACAGAUCCAGCGUGCAGGACAAAUCCCUCUAUAUAUUGGGUCUUUGGGUACUUUCUAGUACUCCAUAUCUCCCUGUUCAGGAUGUACCACUUUUUCUUCGUGGGUGUGGUCCUUGCUAUCACUUGGCUAUUCCAGCAGAGAAACAAAAGGAAGCUACCCUACCCUCCUGGACCAAAAGGCUAUCCAAUCAUUGGAAAUGCUACAGAACUUAAAGUAUCUCACUCAUGGGUGUAUUACCAGAAGUUAAAAGAACAAUAUGGCACGUACCCUACGCUAUUGAUACAAAACCUCGUGAUAGAGCCAAGAGGAAUUAACAUAACAUAUAGGGGACGUUGUUUAUUUGUCCGCUAUGGGGCAACCCAUACUCAUUUUGAACUCUCGCAAAGCCAUUCAAGAUCUUGUCAUCGAUAAAGCUGCCAUAUUUGCCAAUCGUCCCAAAUUGACGAUGUGCGGCGAGCUCGUCGGCUGGGAAAAAACUAUCGG